GUGAUGGUCGUCUCCAGGAAAACGUCACCUUCUGCAUCUUUGUUUGAUUGUUUCUUUCAUUCUUUCUUUGUGGGAGUUGUCCUUGAUCUUAUUGAAGAGUGAUAACAAGGUUGCCAUGGUGGUCCUCCUGCAGCAGAGCAACAACCUCAGCACCGGGCUCAGCUCCGUGUCGGAUCCCGGUGCCGCCGCGCUGGGCCGGGCGGGUCACACCGCGGCGGCCGUAGUCCUGGGACUCAUCCUGGUCCUGGGCUUCCUCGGUAACUUCCUCGUGCUCAUGGUGUUCUCGCGCUUCCCCGGGCUGGUGACUCCGGUGAACGUGCUGCUGAUCAACAUCAGCGCCAGCGACAUGCUCGUCUGCAUCUUCGGGACCCCCCUCAGCUUCGCGGCCAGCGUGCGCGGCAGGUGGCUGACCGGGUCCUACGGGUGCCGGUGGUACGGUUUCUCAAACGCGUUUUUCGGUAUAGUAUCUCUGGUGUCUCUCUCGCUGCUGUCCUUGGAGCGGUACUCUGCGGUGCUAGGCAGAACCCACUUGGACUCGGACCCCUCUCAGUACCGCCGGGCCAAGCUCGCUGUAGCGGCCUCCUGGCUCUACUCGCUGGUCUGGACUCUGCCACCGCUGCUGGGCUGGAGCAGCUACGGACCGGAGGGUCCCGGCACCAUCUGCUCCGUUCAGUGGCACCAGCGCUCGUCCGCAGCUCGCUCCUACAUCAGCUGUUUGUUCAUCUUCUGCCUGCUGCUGCCGCUGCUGCUCAUGUUCUUCUGCUACGGGAGGAUCCUGCUGGCUGUGCGAGCGGUGGCAAGACAGGUCACCAGGAUCAAUCGGUCGUCAGCUGAGCGGAGGGAAGGCCGUGUCCUUCUAAUGGUGGUCUCAAUGGUGACAGGCUACCUAUUGUGCUGGAUGCCAUACGGUGUUGUGGCGAUGCUCGCCUCCUUUGGACAGCCCGGCGUGGUGCCGCCUGCUGCCAGUUUAAUCCCGUCCCUGCUGGCAAAGACCAGCACCGUCCUCAACCCUGUUAUUUAUGUGCUGCUCAACAACCAGCUCUCCAGGUGUCUCCUGUACAUGAUCAGGUGCAGCUCAGAAGCCCCUCCCACCAGAGUUCACCAUACACUGCCCAGCAGAAGGGGUGUGUGGCGUCACGCCCCCCACCCACCAACGGAAGAGCAAAACACAGUGCAUGCCAUGUUCACAUCCAGAGACCAGCAGGUACAGCAGCCUGCUCUGUUGCAAGUGGCUCAAUAUGCAACAUAGAAGUCAACGGUCACUUUAUCUCAAUGAAAAAAUACAUCAUAUCACUUUUGUUUUUCCAAUGUAUUUGAACUAUUUAAAAGAAAAUGUUAGAAAGAUGCUGCAGGAGUUAUUUUAGUUCUAGAAAUAUGUGUUUGACCUGUUCUGUUGAUACAUUUAGCGGACCAUGUAGCUCCAUUUUGAAUAUUUGGAACUGUUUAUCACAGCAACAGUCAGAUGUAUGUUGACCCUCAAUGACAGAGCAAAGCUGCACUGACUUACCUCUGUCCAUUGUUGAAUUUUGCAUCAGAUAGAGCUCAUUUUGUGGUCUAUUACAGUUUAAACUAUCAUUAGAUUUUAAAUAUUUUUAUGUAUCACUAAGCAGCCCACUAUAUCUCACAAAAAAUGUGUCACAUUAAAGUCAAAACAAGUUUGACUACAUGGCACUUUGGACAUUAUUUCUACUGAACCAUAAAAACUGAAGUGUGACUGUUUAUGUCAAAAAACGUGUUUGCAUCUUUGCACCCUUAGAGGGCGGUGAGGCUCAGCUGUCUGUCAAAUAUGCACACACAGCAGUAUGACUGAGUGAGGCGGGUAACUGAAUAAUUAGAGAACAUAAUACAUAGACCACAUUAGAUAUAUAAAGAGACAUUUAGACUAUUUUUAUUCAUGAUCAACAAUAUACAACAAUAAAAAACCCUCAAUUCAGAAUAAACAACUUUAGAUUCCUGAAUGAAUGGUCAACACCAAAAUAAUUUAUUAAGAAAAUAAAAAUACAUCUUCAAAAAUAUACAGUCAUUAUGCUUCACAAACCCUGACUGAAAUCUCA